CCGCAGACGGAGCGAAGCGGCGGCGGCGGCGGCGCGGCGCAGGGCGCGGGGCGACAUGGCCACCACCGCGCAGUACCUGCCGCGGGGCCCCGGCGGGGGAGCUGGGGGCACGGGGCCGCUCAUGCAUCCAGAUGCCGCGGCGGCAGCGGCCGCGGCGGCAGCCGCUGAGAGGCUGCACGCGGGAGCCGCGUACCGCGAAGUGCAGAAGCUUAUGCACCACGAGUGGCUGGGCGCGGGCGCGGGCCACCCCGUGGGCCUAGCGCACCCCCAGUGGCUACCCACCGGAGGAGGAGGUGGCGGCGACUGGACCGGUGGUCCGCACCUGGAACAUGGCAAGGCCGGCGGCGGAACCGGCCGAGCCGACGACGGCGGUGGCGGCGGCGGAGGUUUCCACGCGCGCCUUGUGCACCAGGGGGCGGCUCACGCGGGUGCGGCUUGGGCGCAGGGCGGCACGGCGCACCACUUGGGCCCAGCAAUGUCACCGUCGCCCGGGGCCGGCGGGGGCCACCAGCCCCAGCCGCUCGGGCUGUACGCUCAGGCGGCCUACCCAGGGGGCGGCGGCGGCGGCCUGGCCGGGAUGCUGGCGGCGGGUGGCGGCGGUGCGGGACCGGGCCUGCACCACGCGCUGCACGAGGACGGCCACGAGGCACAGCUGGAACCGUCGCCGCCGCCGCACCUGGGCGCCCACGGACAUGCACACGGACAUGCACACGCGGGCGGCCUGCACGCGGCGGCGGCGCACCUGCACCCGGGAGCUGGCGGUGGUGGCUCGUCGGUGGGCGAGCACUCGGACGAGGAUGCGCCCAGCUCGGACGACCUGGAGCAGUUCGCCAAGCAGUUCAAGCAGCGGCGCAUCAAGCUGGGCUUCACACAGGCCGACGUGGGGCUGGCGCUGGGCACGCUGUACGGUAACGUGUUCUCGCAGACCACCAUCUGCCGCUUCGAGGCCCUGCAGCUGAGCUUCAAGAACAUGUGCAAGCUCAAGCCGCUGCUCAACAAGUGGCUGGAGGAGACCGACUCGUCCAGCGGUAGCCCCACCAACCUGGACAAGAUCGCGGCACAGGGCCGCAAGCGCAAGAAGCGCACAUCCAUCGAGGUAGGGGUUAAAGGCGCGCUCGAGAGCCACUUCCUCAAGUGCCCCAAACCCUCGGCACACGAGAUCACCGGCCUGGCUGACAGCCUGCAACUGGAGAAAGAGGUGGUGCGCGUAUGGUUCUGCAACCGGCGGCAGAAGGAGAAGCGCAUGACCCCCGCGGCCGGUGCGGGCCAUCCGCCCAUGGACGACGUUUACGCGCCUGGGGAGCUGGGGCCGGGCGGGGGCGGCGCGUCGCCGCCCUCAGCACCCCCGCCACCCCCGCCGGCCGCGCUGCACCACCAUCACCACCACACACUGCCCGGCUCGGUGCAGUGACCCUCCGGGCUGGGCCCCCACGGCGCGCGGCGAGGCGCGGACGCGCAAUCCGCCCGCGCGGCCUGGACUCUUUUUGUUCGGUUGCAUUGGAUUUUACAAAAAG